CAAAGGCCAAGUGAUGGCACAAAACCACCGAUACUUUGAUAACCCGUACGAAGACUAUCGGCCAUCGGAUGCCGUAUUGGAUCCAAACAGUGAUGCACUCAAUGCUCACUACAAAAGUCUUUUGCUUAAAGAGCAAAUGUCGUNCCAAGUGAUGGCACAAAACCACCGAUACUUUGAUAACCCGUACGAAGACUAUCGGCCAUCGGAUGCCGUAUUGGAUCCAAACAGUGAUGCACUCAAUGCUCACUACAAAAGUCUUUUGCUUAAAGAGUAUUCAAAACUAUUGAUAUAUUUUGAGGCAAAUGUCGUCCAAAACAUUGAUUCCGACGAUAACUAUGUUUAUACGGGAAGUACUGGUUAUGCGUUACUAUAUCUUCAUUUGUCACUUGUCUUCAAUGACCACAAACUCUUAGACAAAGCGCUCGCAUAUAUCGACCCAUUGGUCGACAAAACAUCGCCGAAGAGAUUGACAUUCAUUUGCGGCGAUUCUGGCCAUUACUUCAAGAAUUCAUUUCUUGAAAGCCAAUCAAAGCGAAUGCAAUGUUUCUUGUGUUCAGACGCUGGAAGUGAUAUUCCCGAUGAACUCCUGUACGGAAGAUCUGGUUUUCUCUAUUCAUUACUUUACGUCCGAAAGUUUGUCCCAAUUUCGCGUCAAAUCAUUGAAGACAAAGACAUCAGACGUGUCGUCGACUCUAUCAUUAAAUCUGGUCAAAGAGGCGCUCAAAAGGAUAAUAUGAGUACCAUUUGUCCGCUAAUGUAUUACUGGCACGAAAAGGCAUACAUCGGCGCCGCUCACGGGUUGAUGGGAAUCAUGGCUUUGCUUUUGGAGGCCAAGAGUUAUCUGACGGACGAAGAGUUAAACAAAUUGGUGAAACCAACCAUCGAUUACAUCCUAACACUGCGACUCUUGUCAGGCAAUUAUCCCUCGAGUUUGUCUAAUUUAAGCGAUCGUUUGGUCCACUGGUGUCACGGAAGUGCCGGAGCCGUCCAUUUGUUUGCGUUGGCGUAUGAGGUGUUCAAAGAGGAGAGAUAUCUAACGGCAGCCAAAGAUUGUUGUGAAGUCGUGUGGAAGAGAGGACUUCUCGUUAAAGGGUAUGGCUUAUGUCACGGGACGGCCGGAAACGGUUACGCCUUCUUAAGGAUGUAUCAGUUGACCAAAGAAGAGAAGUAUGUGUUGAGAGCCGUUCGGUUCGAAGAGAAGUAUGUGUUGAGAGCCGUUCGGUUCGGUCAGUGGUGUUGUGAUUACGGGUCUCACGGCUGCCGUACAGCCGACCGACCGUUUUCUAUGUUUGAAGGACUCGCAGGAACUCUAUAUUAUUUGACAGAUCUGUUGCGACCAAAGAAUAGUCGAUUCCCUGCCUAUCAGUUGUCU